AUGCGAUCAAAUAUCAAUGAGAGAUUACCGGUCGAGAUCAUUCGAAUGAUCUUGUCUUACUUGAAUUCAAUCGAAGUUGCCAAGAAAAUGCGUGUUUGUAAACUUUGGAAUCAUAUCGGUCAAAAUAAUAAAGAUCUUUGGAAGGAUGCAUCAUACCUGACAUCAGAUUAUAAUCAGAUACCAUUCAGGAUUGAAAAUGAACGAAUAGAAAAAUUACGUGCUCGUUCCGGUGGUACGUUAAAUAACCUUAACUUAAUCAUAAGUACUAUGAACGAUUAUAAGGAACAAGCGGAUUUACUAAAAGAGCUUCCAGCUAUGAAUGUGCAAAAUUUACGACUUCUAACAAAAAGCCCUGGGAAAGCAGCUGUGAGACAGGAGAAAAACGGGACGAGAAUAACAAUACUAUGGUCAGCAAUACGGACUGCGCUUGCCGGUUGUACCAAAUUAAAGUCUCUAAAUAUGGUGAAUCAUGGUAGAUCUUUGGCCUGUAGGAGUGCUAAUGGAUCAGAUUCGGAGUUUGAUCAACUUUGCGAAUGCAAAUUAGAAGCGUUCACUGCCCGCGGAGCAGAUGCCAUGAAAAUAUUUGGAGAAGGUACAUUAGUACGAUUAUUAAGUCAUGUCCGAUCAUUUAAAAUGUCACUUACGUACAUGUCAGAAAACGAAGCUAUACGUCUGAUGAACGCUGUCAAGGCUACGUUAGAGGAAGGUCGAUUCCACGUACGAGAAGAACGAGAACCACUGAACGAUAUAGAAACGCAAAUUGUUCUACCAAAUUUAGUCAAGUUCCAUCUAGAGGUGUCUAACUAUUACUAUAUGAGGGGAAAUGGAAGAAGCACUAUCUAUAAUUUCAAAAACGUUUCAUUCCAAUGGCCAAGGCUAAAAGAAUUAACCCUCGAAGGAGAAGCAAGAUUAGACUUUUACGAGAGAAUUAUUCCUCUUUCAAUAGAAUCUCUCCGGCUACGCCGAAUACAAGGUCUUCCUUUAUCACAACUGAUAGGAAUUCUAGAGAACCUUACAAAAUUGAAAAAGCUGGCUGUGGAGUUUCUAGAAGAAGAUACGGAUGAUUUUCUUCAGCAGAUCUUACUCAAGGUAACGCAUAUUCCAAUUGAAGAUCUCGAAAUUGUAGGAGCAUAUGGUCUUCGUGCCAAAGUUAUAAAGGAUUUCGUCACACAACGAAAAGAACAUCCUCAUUCAACUCCGCUCAAACGAUUGUACUUAUCCCUUCCGUCUACUUCUAGAAAAAGGAGAAAAAAGCUACUGGAUCCGAAGACUCGGCUGUGGCUAAACAAAGAAGUCGAGAUCUUCAGAUGCGAGGUGAUUAUUCCAGAGUGA